AUGGAUGUACCCACGCUGGUUGACUGUCAGCGUGAGCUUCAAGUCCGCAUCUCACGUUCUGUGGAGUACUUGAAGAAGCUGGGCAGCUCCAAUAUCACCGCCAGUGCUAUCUCCACACGCACCAGAAUUCUGGAUCAGCUGUGGACAAAGUUCGAGGCGCAGCAUGACCUUAUCCGUGCGGCCUUGAAGGAAAAGUUCAGUGAGAGCGAGUACUUUAAAUCAGAGUUGCAUGCUGAUACGGAGAAUCUUUACGUGUCACAAAGAAGCAUACUAGACAGCUACGCUGAACACUUUCGUGCAACAAACGUACCUCCUUCUGUCGACGCCACGUCAAGGUCAUCACUGCCGCGUAUCAAAGUGCCGCCAUUUUCUGGUGCCUACGCCGAUUGGCCGUCGUUCCGAGAUCUCUUUCUCUCCGUCGUGAGUGGCAAUGCGAUCUCCAACGUCGAGCGCUUUCACCACCUGCGCUCAUGUCUGACGGGGCAAGCUGAAAGGUUAAUAAGGUCAUUGCCUGUCACCAGCGACAAUUACGAUCGCGCUUGGGCGACUCUGGACAAACACUACAACAACAAAAAGGAAUUGAUCCGAGAGCAUCGGACGUCAAUCAACACCCACGGAAUGGACCUCUUCAACUUCCUGGUCACCGAGCUGUUUGAUGCACGCACACGUCUUGAGUGGGAGUCGUCCACGUCAGACUCAUCAGAGCCGGCACAAAACGAGGCACUGGUGGACUUCAUCAGCCGACGGAUCCUGACGCUCAAUGCCGCACGACCGAAGAGCGCCAGCAAACCGCCCGGAGAUGCUCCACGGGUAGCCAAGGCACACGUCACGAAGCACCAAGGAACCGAGUCGCCGCACUGUGCACUGUGUCGCGAGAAGCACACCUUGAUGACCUGCCGAGAUUUCAAGGCCAAGACUGUCAACGACCGCAAGGCAUUUGUCGAGAGUAACAGGCUCUGUUACAAUUGCUUAGGCAACCAUUUUCUCUCUCGCUGCCAGUCAAAGAAGAACUGUCUGACAUGCGACGCACGACACCACACGAUGUUACACGGAGCACCCACAUCGUCAGCGUCAACUGAAGCCACACGCGCCACCACACUGACCGCUACGCUGCAAAAUCCAGUGUGCAAGGCCGUUCUUCUUGCAACAGCACGAAUAAACAUCGCCGAUCGGUACGGAUCACCACACGCCGUACGCGCUUUGAUCGACCAAUGUUCUGAGGUGUCGAUCAUUUCGGAGACCUUGGCACAACGUCUUCGCCUUCCUCGAGUCUCAACAGGCCUCUCCAUUUUCAGCAUCGGAGGGACUCGCUCGGGAUCCGCUCGUGGCAAGGUCACGCUGCACGUAACGUCAGACGUGACCAACGCCAAACUCAGCGUGGUGGCCUUUGUGCUGCCCCGCAUAUCGCUGCAGCAAGGCUCGGUCUCGCGGGAAGAACGCAGCUGGCCUCAUCUCAACGGACUCCAACUGGCCGAUCCUCGCUUCUUAGACGACGACCCAGCUGAGCUGCUACUGGGAGCCGAGGUCUAUUCCUUGAUCCUCGAGGAAGGCCUCCGCAAGGGUGAAUCAAGGAUGCCGAUCGCUCAGCAAACCAGCCUGGGAUGGAUCCUUUCUGGCGGCUACGACGCAGCAGCAGUCAAGGGACAUCGCCGCACCUUCCGGUGCACCGCCGAUCAUGACCUCGCCGACUUCGUUCGACGCUUCUGGGAGCAGGAGAGCGAGCCGAUAACUCGGGCUUCACUCACUCCCGACGAGACCACGUGCGAGGAACUCUACGUGCGCACCGUCACGCGCACGCCCACCGGGAGAUACAUGGUGAGGCUGCCCUUCUCAUCGCCGCCGACGACUCUUCAGGAUACUCGCCGCCCAGCGGAGCACCUACUGAAAGCCAUGGAGACCAAGGGCAGCCGAGAUCUUCGAUUUGGCGACCUCUAUCACGGCUUCAUGCAGGAAUACGAGGACCUGCAACACAUGAAGAAGGUAAAUACCUCAACAACAACGGAGAAUUUCAGAUGCUACUUACCGCAUCACGGGGUCCUGAAGGAAUCGAGCACGACGACAAAGCUCCGAGUCGUGUUCAACGGCUCUCAGCGCACACGGGCCGGUACUUCGCUCAACUCGCAGCUGCUGACUGGGGCAAACCUUCUGCCAGCGCUCACCGACGUGUUGCUGCGAUGGCGUUGGCACCGGUACGUCUUCGUCACCGACAUCGAGAAGAUGUACCGCCAAAUCCUCGUACAUCCUGAGGACUGCCGUCUCCAAACAAUCUUGUGGCGUCACAACAAGACGGACGAGAUCGGAGAGUACGAGCUGCAGACGGUGACCUACGGCAUGGCGUGUGCACCGUUCCUGGCCAUCCGAACUCUGCAACAACUUUGUGCGGACGAGGGAGCGCAGUUUCCUCAAGGUGCCACAGUACUUCGGCUUGAUUGCUACGUCGACGACGUGGUCACCGGCGCGGACAACCUCGACGAUGCCGUCAACCUCCAGACGGAGCUGCGCAACCUCUGCAUGGCGGGCGGAUUUCCACUGAGGAAGUGGGCCUCGAACCAUCCAGAGGUCCUCACAGGAGUCCCACAGGAGCAUCGGCUGCAGCAAGGACCACAUUCCUGGGAAGGAGAGAGCCAUUCGACAUUGGGCCUGCGAUGGCGUCCUCAAGAUGACCGCACCUGGCUUCAGCAACUUGAUUGGGACGCUCCACUGCCGGCCAAGGAUGCUCGACAUUGGCAACAGCUGUUGGAUCAGUUGCCGCUGCUCAGGCACAUACGCGUGAAUCGCUGGCUCAGCACCGACAACGAUCACUCGAGGUUGCAGCUCCACGGUUUUGCUGAUGCUUCCGAACGAGGAUACGCCGCAGUAGUCUACCUCCGCACCACUGAAAGGGGAAAACCGUCAAUUAAUCUACUCAUGGCGAAAUCCAAGGUCGCACCCGUCAAGCAGGUUUCGUUGCCGCGACUUGAGUUGUGCGCUGCUAGCCUACUCACCACGCUCACGCUGCAUGUCCGCGACAUUCUCGGCUUGGCAACUACUCCAGUAUAUCUGUGGUCCGAUUCCCAGGUCACGCUUCAUUGGAUCCAGGGACACGCCACUCGCUGGAAAACUUUCGUCGCCAACCGGGUAGCUCAUAUCCAGACACAGCUCCCGGACGCUCGAUGGAGACACGUAGCCGGGAAGAAUAAUCCUGCAGACUGCGCAUCGAGAGGAAUUACUCCUGGAGAAUUAAUCAACCACGCAUUAUGGUGGACUGGACCUACCUGGUUGGCACUGGACGAGACAGCAUGGCCCAGCUCAGAGGUCCACAUCGCAGAGGAUGACCUUCCUGAACAGCGCACCACCAGCCUGAUGACCAAGGGCUCCGUCGUCGUCGAACCGGACAUCCUUCUUCGGUUCUCUGCGCUUCAUCGGCUGCUACGCGUUACGGCUUGGUGUCGUCGAUGGCUCAACGUGGCGAGCCGGGAGGUCACACCUGGUUGUCCACUACACCCCGACGAGCUGGACGCCGCCCUACUCCAGUGGCUUCGAGUAGUACAGGCGCUCCACUUCCCGGACGAGAUAGCUGCUGCCACCGCAGGACGCUCCGGCCCACCACGCAGUUCACUGAUCAAGCUGAAUCCGUUCAUCGACGACCAAGGUGUACUGCGCGUUGGAGGACGUCUCAAACACGCACUGCUGCCCUACGACGAGAAGCACCCGGUGAUCAUACCGCCGGCCUCCUGGAUGACGCGACUGCUGAUCGAGUCCUGCCAUCGUCGCUCUCUGCACGGCGGCGUCCAGAUGACACUCGGUCUGCUUCGCCUUCGAUUCUGGGUACCACGCGGAAGGACCGUCGUCAAGCAGCAACUGCAUCGGUGCGUCACUUGCACUCGCUGGCGCGCUGCCACGCCACAGCCUCCAAUGGGCCACCUUCCUCGGGACCGAGUGACGCCAACUCGACCUUUCUUGAGCACUGGACUGGACUACGCGGGACCAAUUUCCAUCCGGACCAGCAAAGGACGCGGACACCGCUCACAGAAAGGAUACAUCGCGGUCUUCGUCUGCUUUUGGUCGAAGGCCAUCCACCUCGAGGUCGUCUCGGAUUACAGCUCCGAGGCCUUCAUCGCCGCCUUACGCCGCUUCGUCUCUCGCAGAGGACUGUGUACGGACGUCUACAGCGACUGCGGCACAACAUUCGUUGGCGCCGAUCGCACCCUGCGGGAGCUCUUCAAGGCGUCGACCUCCGAGGGCCUUCACAUCGCCCGCGCCGCCAACACUCAAGGGAUCCGCUGGCAUUUUAAUCCGCCAGCGGCCCCUCACUUCGGUGGUCUUUGGGAGGCUGCCGUGAAAUCCACGAAAUUUCACCUCCGCCGAGUAAUCGGCGACACCACGCUCACUUUUGAGGAGCUUAGCACACUCCUCACACAAAUCGAGGCGUGUCUUAAUUCUCGUCCGUUGCAGGCUCUGUCAGACGAUCCAGACGACACUUCAGCACUCACUCCAGGGCACUUCAUCAUCGGCGCGCCUCUAUUAGCUAUACCUGAGCCGUCACGGAUCGGACAAUCAUCAUCCACGCUGUCACGCUGGCAUCACCUGCAGCUGAUGCGAGACCAUUUUUGGCAGCGGUGGUCGGCUGAGUACGUGCACGGGCUCAACCCCCGCACCAAAUGGGUCAAGGCCGAGGCCGCACCUCACGUCGGGGACCUUUGCAUCAUCCGCUCGGAGCUCACCCCUCCGACUCGAUGGCCUCUUGCAAGGAUCACGAGACUGCAUCCCGGGGACGACGGUGUCGUCCGCGUGGUCUCAGUACGCACCGCCACAUCCGAAUUCGUACGCCCGAUCGUUAAAUUGGUCAUGCUCCCGGGCGCGGAUCGUAUUCCGGACACGAAUAACGCGGACACGCCGUCCGCCGGCACGUAA